GGCGACGGUGACGCUAGAGCCACCAGAGGAAGGAGGACGGUGAGUGAUGCCAGCAGCGGGGGAGUCAAGGAAACGGCCUGAUAGCAACCCCAGGUUAGCGCGACAACGGGCGGCAGAAGAUCCAGUGGUGGAACGAAGGAAGGGGGCGGCAGAGCGAUGAUUAGCUCGCCGGGGACGAUGGCCAAGGAGGCAUGUCGCAAAGGGGCUUGCCGGAGGGAGAGAGGGCGGGAAGGAGGAUGGGGAAGAAGGUGAGAGGGGGUGUGCGGCGGCAGAAUAGAGAAGGCCCAGCGGGCCCUAACAGGCCAGUGGCGUCACCUAGCACAGCACAGAAGACUCACAUGCAUCACACGUGAACUUCCAUUGCUAGCAUUCGUCCAAAAAAAUUCAUUAUUACUAGAUUGGUAAGUUCUUUGAGUGAGAGAGAAUCUAGAUUCGGAAAUUGGAACAGAGACAGCACAGCAGCGCUAGCCUCCCAAUAUAGCAAAGCAACACGUACCAGCGGGCAGCGGCAGUCUGCCACUACAGCGCGUGGAGGCGUGGCCAGCUAGCUUCUCAGUUUACCCGCCGCCACCGUCUCCUCGGCUCGUCGACGUCGUCUCCCUGUUUCGAACGUCCCCGGACGGCUAAAUUGCUCCAGCGACCCACUGAUGGCGGCGGCCUCUACUCCCCGCAGCUUGGGAUGGCCAAGCUGUCCGGUUCCCUUCCACCAAAUGCUUGCUGCUACUCGGGCUGCCAACACUUUCACCUCGUUGCCUUGCGGUGUGAUGUCGACGCAGUUGAGCCGAGCCUCGCAUCUAGGGGUCACUAGAGUUGCACAAGUUCAGAAGACGUUGGAAGUAGGAGAAUGUGCAACCAAGCCUGCAAAGCGUGUUAGCCAUAGCAGUGGCAUGCAGCAUAAGAAGGGAGAAGAGACUAGAUUAAUAAGGAAGCAGCUCCAGGGCGUCGAAUUACCGCCAUCUUACUACGACACGGCAUGGGUGGCCAUGGUGGCCUUACAAGGUUCCCCCCAUGUUCCGCGCUUCCCACAAUGCGUUGAAUGGAUACUACAACACCAAGAGGAGGAUGGAUCCUGGGGACGUCGCGACCAAUUCGACUCCUCGGUCAGCAAGGAUGUCCUCUCAUCCACGUUGGCUUGUGUUCUUGCACUUGGGAGAUGGAAUGUUGGCAGGGAGCAUAUCAUGAGAGGGCUGCAUUUUAUUGGAAGGAAUUUAUCUAUUGUUAUGGAUGAUCAGAUAGUUGCUCCUAUUGGUUUCAACAUCACAUUUCCCGGUAUGCUUAGCUCCGCAAUUGAGAUGGGUUUGGAAGUUCCAAUUCUUCAAACCGACAUCGAUAGGAUCCUUCGCCUCCAGGAAAUGGAGUUGACAAGAGACACUGGGAUCAGCUCGUAUGGAAGAAAAGCAUAUCUAGCGUAUGUCACGGAAGGAUUAGGAAAUAAGCAGGACUGGAGUGAAGUUAUGAAGUUCCAAAGGAAGAACGGAUCGCUGUUCAACUCGCCUUCCGCUACUGCUGCUGCACUAUUACACAACCAUGACACUAAAGCCCUCCAGUACAUAGAUUUUCUCAUAGACAAGUUUGGCAGUGCAGUACCAACGGCAUAUCCGAAAAAUAUCCACAGCCAACUUUCCAUGGUGGAUGUGCUUGAGAAUAUGGGAAUUUCUCGGCAUUUCACUGGUGAGAUCAAGUGUAUCCUGGACAUGACGUACAGCUGCUGGUUACGGAGAGAUGAGGAAAUUAUUCUGGAUGCGACAACCUGUGCUAUAGCAUUUCGUAUUCUACGGAUGAACGGAUACAAUGUUUCUUCAGAUGAGCUGUCUCAUGUUGCUGAAGCUUCUGGUUUCCAUAAUUCACUUGAAGGAUAUUUGAAUGAUACCAGAUCCUUAUUAGAAUUACACAAGGCUUCUAAAGUCAGUAUCUCAGAAGACGAGUUUAUCCUGGAUAGCAUAGGCUCCUGGUCAGGUUGCUUACUGAAGGAACAGCUGAGAUCUGGUGCACUGCAGAGAACUCCACUCUUUAGAGAGGUGGAACAUGCUCUGAACUGUCCCUUCUACACCACAUUGGAUCGUCUAGACCACAGAAGGAACAUCGAAAAUUUUGACGUUACAAGGCACCAGAUGCUAAAAACAUCAUACUUGUCUUGUCAUACCAACCAAGAUAUUCUAGCGUUGGGUGUCAGAGAUUUCAGUUCCUCUCAGUUUACUUACCAGCAAGAACUUCAGCAUCUCGACAGCUGGGUGAAAGAGAGCAGGCUGGACCAGUUACCAUUCGCACGGCAGAAGUUGGCAUAUUUCUACCUUUCUGCUGCUGGCACUAUAUUCCCUCCGGAACUGUCUGAUGCUCGCAUUUUAUGGGCCAUAAAUGGUGUGCUCACAACCGUUGUCGAUGACUUCUUCGAUGUCGGAGGAUCAAAGGAAGAACUGGAAAACCUUGUCACAUUAGUCGAGAUGUGGGACGAGCAUCACAAAAUUGAGUUCUACUCUGAACAAGUAGAGAUUGUGUUUUCUGCAAUUUACACUUCAGUUAACCAACUUGGAGCAAAGGCUUCUGCGGUACAAGAACGCAAUAUUACCAAACAUCUAGUAGAAACAUGGUUGGAUUUGCUGAGGUCUAUGAUGACCGAGGUAGAAUGGCGGGUAAGCAAAUACGUACCGACAGCAGAGGAAUACAUGAAAAAUGCGUUCAUGACAUUUGGAUUAGGCCCCAUUGUUCUCCCAGCGUUGUAUUUUGUUGGACCAAAGAUCUCGGAGUCUGUUGUUAGAGAUCCAGAAUACAACGAGUUGUUCAGGCUGAUGAGCACAUGUGGCCGUCUCCUGAAUGAUGCUCAAACCUACGAGAGGGAGGACAGCGAGGGCAAGGUGAACAGCGUUUCUCUCCUCGUUCUUCACAGUGGCGGCUCCAUGUCCAUAGAAGAGGCUAGAAGGGAGAUGCAGAAGUCCAUCGACACCUGCAGGAGAGACCUGCUAAGAUUGGUUCUCAAGGAAGAAAGUGCUGUUCCUAAGCCCUGCAAGGAGCUGUUCUGGAAGAUGUGCAAGGUGUGUCACUUCUUCUACUUCCAGAGUGAUGGGUUUAGCUCAUCGGAGGAGAAGGCCGGAGAAGUAGAUGCGGUGAUCAAUGAGCCGCUACAGCUCAAAGGGAGUAGCGCACAUGUUUCUGUUUGGUGACAAAAAUCGAGCAAUGAUACAAUGCUAGUACUCAAUUGGUUCUGGUGUUACUGCGGUUGUGUCAUCAGCAUAGGUGUAAAAAUAGUAGGGUAAAUAGGGAACAUUGUUUUACGGAUGAAGUGAUCCAGGCCCAAGGUUUUUACAGAGUAGUGUUGUUCGAGUGAAAAUUUGUCCUACUAUUUUGAUGUCUUGAUCGAAUUCUGAACC